CCCCCCACCUUCCCUCCGAUGGGGGAUUCAGAUGGAUUCAAUGCUGUGCCACAGAUGGCUUCGAUGGGACCACCGCCCGUGUUGAGCUCCCUCUGGACAGGCGGCGCUUCUCCGGACAGCCUCCGCGACCGCCACGAAGAGUACUCCGAAUGCCGCUACGAGGGCGACUACGAGGGCGACUACUCGAUGCCCACCGAGGAGGACCAAGAGGAGGAGUCGUGCUCCUGUCAGAGCCAGAGCGAGUUCAGCUCGAUAGAGCGCACCGAGUCGGACUCGGAGUGGGAGGAGCUCUCCGACGGCUCUUCCCCCAGGGUCUCCCCGCUGGAGUCCCUCGGCGCAGUCGUGCUCUCCACAAUGCAGCCGGAGCACCGUCAGCGCAUGGUGGCCUUGUACCACCUCGUCUUGGAGACCGCUGUGGUCAAGGUCGUGCUGCUGGUGCUGCAACUGCUGUGCUGCGCGGUGUUCUGGCUGGUCGAGAAGACCGUGGGCUUCAACGAAACCAUGGGCACGGAGAAUGUGUUGAAGUGA